AUGGACGUAUCCGGCCUAUCGAGUAACUGGAAGAAGUUGCAGGCGACGCUGAAGAAAAAGGGCCCCUCCACUACAACAGCCCCGGCCAACAAGAAGCGCAAGGCCGCUACCGACCACGACUCCGCACAUGGGACGCCGAAGAAACGCAGGGCCCCAGAAACGGAACGGACAGUUACAAAAACAAAUAAGCGAAAGACAAUGUCUAGUACGACCGUGGCCACAGCCGACGCCGCUGUUCCUGCGCGGAGAAAAUCCAGCGCGAGCAGUUCUGCCACGGCUCCAGUAUCGCGCACAGCGAAGGUCAAUGAGGGUCGCUCUUCGACCGCCGAACUAGGAAAAUACGUCGCAAUGGACUGCGAAAUGGUCGGCGUCGGCCCUAACCCAGACAACGACUCCGUGCUUGCGCGCGUCAGCAUCGUCAAUUUCAACGGCGACCAGAUCUACGACUCAUAUGUACGGCCCAAGGAGAUGGUCACCGACUGGCGGACACAUGUCAGCGGCAUUGCGCCGAAGCACAUGGUCGAGGCGCGCUCGCUAGAGGAAGUCCAGCGCGACGUGGCAGCGAUCAUGGACGGGCGGAUUCUCGUAGGCCAUGCCGUGAGCAACGACCUGGAUGCGCUGCUUCUGGGCCAUCCCAAGCGCGAUAUUCGAGACACAAGCAAGCAUGCGGCUUACCGCAAGAUUGCGGGCGGUGGGUCGCCGCGUUUGAAGAUUUUGGCGGAGGAGUUUUUGGGGUUGAAGAUCCAAGAGGGCGCGCAUUCGAGUGUGGAGGACGCCAGGGCGACGAUGGCGUUAUAUCGGCGCGACAAGGAUGCGUUUGAGAGGGAGCAUUUGAAGAAGUGGCCUGUUCGGGUGGCUGUGGAGAGUACCGAGAAGGGGGAUGGGCAGAAGAAGAAGAAGAAAAAGAAGAAGCAAACGCGCAAGCGAUGA